AUGGUGUUCUCUGCGCCAAUCAAUCUGCCGCCGACUCAUGUCAAAAACGAAGGUGGUGAAGUGGUCGUGACAUCCAGUACCCGUAUGGAAACGCAUGAGACGGUAGUACAUCAUAGUGAAGCGCAUUAUACAUCGUCUUUCCACCAGGAAAGCCAUUUGGAAGGUCAUCAGAUUACAUCAGGAGGGCAUCUAGAGGAGACCACCGUGCACGAAGAUGUGGGCUAUCUUGAGUUAUGA